AUGUCCGCCUCAGACUCGCAAGUCCUCCUCGCCGCCCGUUCCAUCGCGGUCGUCGGGUUGGGCCUCAACGCGGGACUCUUGCUGUCCAUUCCCGCCUUGAGCAUUCCCGCUCUCAAGGCGACGACCUCGCUCUCCGCCCAGCAGCGUCUGACCGCAUGGUCGAACCUGUACGAGCAAGGCAAAGCGGUCAUGACGAAGCUCCAGCCCACUAUCACGCUCCUCCUCGCCUACGCCUCGUACGCCGCCGCUCGCCCCGUCGACUACCUGCCCGCCAACACGGUGGCGAGGUACCGCAAGCCCAUUCUCGGCGUCGCUUCCGCCCUUACGAUCGGCAUCGUCGGAUUCACGGGCGUCGCGAUCAUGCCGCUCAACAGGCGCAUGCAGAAGAUGGAGCGCGAGGCGAGCGUUGCCUCUACCGCACAGGCCGAUUCGCUCAUUGGUCAGUGGGUCCGCCUUCACGCCGUUCGCAUCGCUCUCGGCACAACUGCCUUUGCUCUCGCCGUCUCGGAGCUCGCCCUCGCUUGA